GGCUGUUGAGAUGUAAACAAAUGAAAUGUGAACUGUUUUUAUUCGAUGAAUUUUAACAUUUUUGCUUUUUCUGUUGCAUAAUUAAAUUAAAUGAAUAAUCUGAUAUGCUAAUUGAACUUUAAUUGAACUGUUUAAUAUUUAAACCUAGCUGUAAAGAUGAUGAUCGCGUGAUGAUCUUAACUGUUGCUAAGACUGCAAAAACUUGAAAAAGACUGAAGUCGUGAAGAAACUGAAAGAAUGAUGGACUCGCAUUUUUCCCCUACUUAUUUGCAGAAUCUACUACAAACACUGAAGUCAUCUAAAAUAUACACCGAUCUACAAAAUGCAGCUCAGAGUGAAAUCUCCAAAACGUCUGUUCGAGUAUCAGAAUUGAAGAAAGGUGUUCAGUCGGGCCUAGCAGCAUCAGGCUGGGAGAGGAAGUUACGUAACAGGAUAUACCAAUACUUACAGACACACCCACUAUCUUCCCACCCACUUUCAACACCAGCAGAACAUAUCAAGGAGCCUUUUGUAUACCUGAGGAAGGCACAGCAAGCAUGGGAGAAGAGGAUACUGAAGAGCUUAAACAGCAUGUGUACAGAGUUGAAUAUUCCUCUAGCCAGAAAAGUAUUGUGCUCUAUUUAUUUGCCAUUUACAUUUUUCUAA